UUGUGUUCACAGUGAGAUGCUUUAUAAUGAGGUCACGGUGUGCAGAUGUAAUACUCCAUAGCUGCCUUUUACUGCUUGACAAUUCACCCAAAUUGAGACUGGCCAGGGUUUACCUUAAUAAGCUACUGAAUAAUGGCUUAUGAAAAUUUAUCAGCAUAUCCCUUUACUCCAGACUAUGAGAAUAAUGUUACAACAGACAACGAGGGAGACUAUAUACCACCAGACAGUGGCAUUUGUGAAAAAAGUUGGGUGAGAGAGUUCCGUGGUUCAUACGAACCCCCUCUUUACUGGAUCAUCUUUGCAGUGGGAGCUAUAGGCAACUUACUUGUUGUAUGGAUCUACACUACUGUUCGAAACCGUCUUAAAACCAUGACAGAUGUCUACUUGCUAAACCUGGCAAUAUCUGAUCUGCUCUUCCUGGGCACACUCCCAUUCUGGGCCACAGAUGCCUUACAGGGCUGGGUGUUUAGUGUCAGUGUCUGCAAGGGAGUCCGUGCUGUCUACAAGAUCAAUUUCUUCGCUAGCAUGCUGCUGCUUACUUGCAUUAGCGUAGACCGCUACAUAGCAAUUGUCCGUGUAACUCAGGCCCACAACUUUAAGAACAAGAGGAUGUUCUACAGCAAGCUGGCCUGCCUGUUUGUGUGGCUCCUCUCCUGUCUUUUGUCUCUCCCUGAGUUUCUUUUUGCUAAGGUGAAGACAAACCAGGAAGAGGAAUCCUUCUGCAGUCUGGUUUAUCCCUCUGAGGACAAAAACCUUACCAAAGUCUUGGUGUUGUCCCUGCAGAUCUCAGUAGGCUUCUGCCUACCUUUAUUGGUCAUGGUGGCAUGCUAUUCUGUGAUCAUCCGCACCCUGAUACAGGCUCGCAACUUUGAGAAGCACAAAGCACUAAGGGUCAUCUUUGCUGUGGUGACAGCCUUUGUCCUCUCUCAGUUGCCAUACAAUGGGCAUUUGGUUGUAGAAGCAACACAAGCUUAUAACAUGACCAUGACAGAGUGUGAUGUUGUAAAGACCUUCGAUGUGGCUGGGCAGGUUGUGAAGAGCCUGGCUUACACACAUUGUUGCCUAAACCCUAUCCUCUAUGCUUUCAUUGGGGUACGAUUUCGGAAGGAUCUGCUCCAUCUGUGCCAGUGCUUGACCUCAGGGCUUGGUGGCAUCAACAAAGUGCAGUCAGUUCCCAAGAGACCUUCUGUCAUGUCUGACACAGACACCACACCAGCACUGUCUUUGUAGUCUGUUGUUAACCAGUUGUCUGUUUCCAGUUGCUUCCACUUAAAAUCUUAUCUAUCGCACACCAGUUGAGAAUUGUUAAUAGCAUCUUCUUUUUAGACUCUCUACUCAGAUGUCAAUGGACUCUAAAUAGCAAUUUAGAGAACCAUUUGGACAGUGACUGCAAGCAUAUAAGAUGACAAAUCCUCAAAUUCACAAGGUAGUCCUGCAAGAAAGACCUUCUCAAAUACAAACCAUGACUAUGUUCAAUGCUUGUUUAAUACUAAUCAACACACUAUUGUUCAUGUGUAGUGUCCACUGAUAUGGAGUUUCUGAAAUUAACAAGUGCCUCUUGGCAUGAUCACUGUAAAUUCUGUACUUAAAUCAGUGGUAAAUUUGCUUUAUUCCAAGAAGAAUUUAAGCUUAAUGAAAAUAUAAAAAUGUAGCCCUUUUUUCUUUCUUUUUUUGUAAUUAUGCUGCCCAGAUUCUUUUUCUUUUGUUUUGAAUUUUUACAUUUACAGUUCACUCCUGUUCAAUAAAAAACUGUAUAUUUUUGUAAAUACACAUAUAUAGGGAGAGAAAAAGUUUUUUCUUCUUUUUUUGUUUGAUCCUUAUAAUGUUCUGCACUUCUACCUUCAAAUAAAGCAUAUUUCAAGACUGUCUAGAAAUUUUCUGCUGAACUUCCAAAGCUAUAUACUGUUGUCAUGUUGUUGAAAAUUGCUUUAUAGCUUGGUUGAUGACAGUCCCUGGACAGGUUGUUGAUUAUAUGCAGAGUGUCUAAAGUGGACUAUCCAAAUAAUGCUACCAUCUACUAAGCAUAUAAUAAUACAAAGUAAUAGCACA